UUAUACUUAUUAAAUGAAUGCUAUAUACUUUAGCUUAUAUUAUGUUUAAUUUGAUUACUGUAAAGCAAGCCACGUUAGCAACACCGGACACUGAGCGGCCGACGCCAAGAACAAGCAUUUGGCAAAUGACGAUAUACGAAAGAUUAAAUGCCGCGACCUUCUUAGAAACGACAACGAUCAAACCAUUUUUUUAUCAGCAAGCAAAUUUCAAAUGCUUUUAUUGCACGGAAGUCUUUCCUGAGAUUCAUUCGGUAUUGCAACACACAGCUUUUCAUUCGGUACCGGAUAGAUCAAGUCUCCUCAAGCAGUAUUUAAGGAAAGGCAAACGAGUCAUCAAAGUUGAUAUAUCUAACCUAAAGUGCAAAUUGUGCGACCAGAAGUUUUCCGACCUCGACGAUAUUAGAAAGCAUUUGAUAGUCAUGCAUAAAAAAGAAUUUAAUACAGCUGGAAACGGUCUCAUGGCUUAUGAUUUGACCAUGAACAAUGGUGUUCUCUCAUGUCAUAAAUGUGGAAAGACCUUCAAUUCGUUCUUUCUCCUGAACAGACAUAUGAAUGCACAUUUCAGUGUUGUCUGUGAAACAUGUGGACUUGGAUUCAUUUCACACCAGCGUCUUAUUAACCACAAGAUAGUUCACCAGAAUGGUGUGCACAAAUGCGACAAGUGCCAAGAUAUAUUCCCAACAAAAUUGAAAUUAAGGUACCACAUAUUCAAGAAGCACGAGAUGUCAAAUGCGAAGAGAGUGAAACCAUUGAAAUGUCCGCACUGCUUGGAACGAUUUUCAGAGCACUAUCGAAAGAUGACACAUUUGAAAGAGGCGCAUGGAAUCAUUUUUACAUUUGAGUGUCAAGCCUGCAAAGCGAUAUUCCCAACUCGUAGAGCUUUGACGGAACAUACGACCAAACAACACACCCAAAAGAUUCAAUGCAAAGUAUGUGGAAAGUGUUUCGGAACGAAAUCGCUGUUAAAGAUGCAUUCGCGUGGGCACACCGGGGAAAGAAAUUUCUACUGCAGUGUAUGCCAGAAAGCGUACAUGCACGAGCGGACGCUGCGCCAACAUAUGCGUGUGCAUGGACCGGUAUUGAAGUUCACGUGCUGUGAAUGCGGUAGCGGUUUUCAUAAUCGUAACGAUUACAAUAAACAUAUGAAACAGUGGCAUCCACAGUGGCAGUUUAGGACUAUCAUUAAGAACUUUGGGUCAGAACUUGUAAAUUGAUUAGUUGUACGUUAUUUAAAUUUUAAACGGGUUA